GGCUGGCUGAAUGACAUCUAUAAGUAUUUUUCACUUCCUGGACACAGUAUUACUCUAACUAUGGAGUUGGGAGUAGCAGGGACACUGGCACUUGUCACCUGUGUCACUCUAGUGCUUUAUUUUUACACAUGGAGAAGGAAACUGAAACAGAAAAACAUGCCCCCAGGACCUUCACCUAUACCACUGUUAGGAAACAUGUUACAGUUGAGCCCCAAGGAGAUGCCAUCAUCACUGGUUAAGCUUAGCCAAACAUAUGGUCCAGUUUUUACCAUUUAUCUUGCAAACAGUCCAAUGGUGGUUCUAGCUGGUUUUGACUGUGUAAAGGAAGCUUUGGUAGAUAACAGUGAUUCCUUCACCGCAAGAGGAUCCACAGAAUUCUCCUACCUUGUGUUCAAAGACUAUGGAGUUAUACUGAGCAAUGGGGAACGUUGGAAACAAAUACGUCGUUUCUCUUUGAUGACUCUGAGGAACUGUGGGAUGGGAAAGAAGAGCGUUGAGGAGAGGAUACAGGAAGAGGCUUCUUACCUAGUAGAGGAAUUCAAGAAAAAAGGAGAUACCCCCUUUGAUCCAUCUGAUCUACUAAGGGUGACCGUUUCUAAUGUCAUCUGCUCCAUUGUUUUUGGAGAACGUUUUGACUAUGAAGAUGAAAAAUUUGUCACGCUGCUUUCUUUGUUACAGGAAGUCUUUUUGCUCCUUGCAUCAUUUUGGGGUAUUCUACUCAAUAUCUUCCCUAAAACCCUCUGCUGUCUUCCUGGACCACACCAGAAGCUCUUCAAAAAUCUUGACAAGCUGAAAGCAUUUGUAAGGGAGUCAGUGGAAGGUCAUAAAGAGACUCUUGAUGUGAACUGCCCAAGGGACUUUAUUGACUGCUUUCUUAUCAAGAUGAAAGAGGAAUCAAAAAACUCCACUACAGAAUUCCACUUUGAUAACUUAUUUGGUACAGUUAUUGACCUCUUUUUUGCUGGAACAGAAACCACAAGCACAACUCUGAGAUACAGCUACCUCAUUCUUCUAAAGUAUCCAGAGGUACAGAAAAAGAUUCAAGAAGAGAUAGACCUUGUGAUUGGACAGAGCCGCAAUCCUUCCAUAGAGGACCGAAAUAAGAUGCCAUAUACAGAUGCCGUAAUCCAUGAGAUCCAGAGAUUUUCAGAUAUAGUCCCUAUGGGUCUUGUACGAGAAACAAGUAAAGAUACAACUUUCAGAGGAUAUACAAUUCCUAAGGGUACAGCAGUUUGCUCCCUGCUUACUUCUGUCUUAAAGGAUCCAAAAUAUUUUAAGGACCCACUAAAAUUUGACCCUGGGAAUUUUUUUACUGAGGAUGGACAUUUCAAGAAAAAUGAGGCUUUCAUACCAUUUUCCAUAGGGAAGAGAAACUGUCUUGGGGAGAGCCUGGCCCGUAUGGAAAUUUUUCUUGCCUUAACCUCAGUUCUGCAGAAGUUCAACCUCAAAACUACCGUGGCUCUGAAUGACCUUGAGAUCACUCCUGAACCUCAAAAAAAUGGAUCAAUCCCAAGAACAUAUCAACUCUAUGUAACUCCACGUUAAUAAUGCUGGCUCCAAUAUAGUAUAAAACUGUGAGAAGAGAUGCACUAUUCAGUAUAUGGGAGAAAUAAUUUUGUAUUUUAAGAUGUGGUGGGGAUCAAACAUUGCAUAAUAUAGUUAGUGCAAGAUUAAACCAUGUAUUUUAUAUAAUCAGGGCUGACUCGAGACAUUGAGCUGCCUGGCUCCAGCAAUUAAAGGAUGACCCUUCUCAAAUGUUUAUCUAUCUAUAUCUAUCUAUCUAUUAACAAUAAGUAGUAUGCCUAUAGAUAUAUCACUAUUUGAAUAGAUCCUUUAUAAGGGGAUCUUAUUUCAAUGCAAAAACCCCUUUCUUUUUAACAAUUCGAGUAUGAAUGGGAAUGGGUAGUAAAGGCGUAAGCUAUCUUUUUAAACAAUGACAAUUUUGGUGUAGACUGUCCCUUUAACGGCACUUCGUUCAGGAUAUCGCAGCUGUCUAAAGUCCACUAAUUUGUACACACAGUGUUAACCCUUGAUAUUCAAAGUUAUUCAUGUAGUCAAAAUAAUUAUACACUGUAUCUCAAUUAUACAUAAAAAAUAAAGAAUAUGAGAAAAUAAGAAAAAGUCAUUCAAAAUAAUGAAA